UCACCCUUGUGUAUUACUUCGCCCUCACACAAUGACAAGCAGAGGAUACUGUACAGUAGGACAAAUAUUGCAGCUGUUGGGCUACAUAAGGUAUUUUUGAGGCGUUCUUAAUCGAGAAUGUAGUUGUUCAGAUUGCAACUAUGCAGUCUAUUAUAAGGAUAGUGGCUAUUUUUAAAUAUUUAUAUUUUCUGAGCAUCGGAUUUAGUGCAUCGGCCGCCAUCAUAAUGUCUGAGCAGACCAAAGAAAGUGACGGUUGACGUUCCGCAACAAGAUGGCGACAGAGACCGCAUAAUAAGUUCUUAGGUGUCUGGCAAACCCUCCAGGCUGGAGAUGAUCAGGUGGCUCUGAUGCAACGGGGAUUACCAGGACAAGAUUCCCAUCCUGCAACACAUCGGGGUGUAGAAAGAAAGAGAGAGUGAGAGAGAAUGGCAGCAAACGUCUGCAUUUCCCCAGAAGACAAACAAGACGCCUGAAACAGGUGACCUGUCCCGUAUUCCUGCGUGUCCUGCUCUUCCCCAGGCCUGAGACUGGAGGUCCGAGAGCUGGUGCCCUGGCCUUCUCCCCCAGGGAAGAGGAGUCAGCCGAGCCGACCACAUGGAGGACAGGCCUCAAUCUGCACUCUUGCUGACUGUCCUGUUCCUGCUGACCCACGCCAGCGAUGACCAGCACUCUCUGCACACGCAUCAGGUCAGCACGGCUCAGUGUGGAGAAUACAGCAAUCAGGUGCUGGAGGACGGCAUGUGCCGGCUGAUGGCCACUCUGCCGCAGCUGGACGAGCAGCGCUGCCCUGACAUGUUUCGCUGUACAGAUGAGGUGUCAUACUGGCUUCAUGAGAACGAAGAGCGCAAACAGCAGAUCCUAGCACUCAAGGAGACCGUUUCUGAAUUGCAGGAGGAGCUGCGCAACCAUCGACAUCGAGUCAAAGUCUUAGAGCUGCAGAGUGAAGAGAAGAACCGUAACAGUUCAUCUAUUGAGCAGAGAUUGCAUGAGCUGGAAAAUCAUUACGCUGAGGCUUCGACCCUCUUGCAUAUCCAGGGCUCCUUGAUCUAUGACCUCCAGGCCCAGAUCCAUAACCUAUCCAUGCUGGUGGAAAAAGUCAGACGUAACCCCGGCUGUAUGAUCAACAUCGUGCGCACCAGCCCGCUCGUCAACGCACAGGAGGCCCUGCAUCCCGAGGUGCAGAAUGUUAGGAACUGUCCUAUCGACUGUGCCUCCAUCUACUAUAAUGGCGUUCGUCGCUCUGGCAUCUACACCGUGGUGCCCUCACUAGGGGCUAUGCCUGUGGAAGUCUACUGUGAUAUGGACACAGACGGUGGAGGCUGGACAGUGAUCCAGCGAAGGCAAGACGGCUCUGUGAACUUUGACCGCAGCUGGAAGGAGUAUAAAGAGGGAUUUGGAGACCUGCACACCGAAUACUGGCUGGGAAAUGAGCACAUCCACGAUCUGACCAGUCAGGGAGAUUACAUGCUGCGCAUCGACCUGGAGGACUGGAGCAACAAACACAAACACGCUCUCUAUCAGAGUUUCAGUGUGGAGGAUGAGAACACUCAGUACCGUCUGCAUGUGUCGGGCUUCAGCGGGACGGUGGAGGACUCUUUCAGCUGGUAUCAUGACAAGCAGGGCUUCAGCACACCCGACACAGGCAACAUCUGUGCCGAGAUCUCCCACGCCGGCUGGUGGUACAACCAGUGCUUCUACACCAACCUCAACGGCAUCUACUACAAGGGCGGCCGCUACUCUCUGAAGGGGAAGAACUCUCUGGGGCCGGACGGGGUCGUGUGGUUCACCUGGAAGGACUCGGAUUAUUACUCUCUGAGGAGAGUCAGCAUGAUGAUCCGACCCAAAAGCUUCCGUCAGCAUCUGUCACCCUGAAUCAGCCUAUGAGAAGCACCAGCAAGCCGGCCAAUCGCAGUUCACUUCCAGGAGGAGGGCAGAGAUUGUUCUGGAUUGACUAUUCUUCAGAAGGAAGUUUUGGUUGUGAGGUUUGAAUGAGUUCAAGCAGGCGUUUUGGAAGGUUUUUGACUAAAUAUGCUGCUGAGAUGGUUAAAAACUGAUCUUUGCCAUUCAUUACAUGCCUAUAUUUUCUAUACCCAUGGCUUUGGUUUUAUAAAAGUAUGUUUAAAGUAGGUUUAGUUUCUGUAGGGUACAAGGAUUAAAAAAAAAAAAAAAA